UUAUUUCUGUUUUGCUUCUAAUUAAUAAAUGCUACUAUUUAAAUUAGCUGUCAAACGUGCGAUACCUCCCAUUAGAGGACAUUCAUCGUCAAUAUCAAUUUUAAGGACGCCCCACAAAUUAUGUUUGCCAUAUAACGCAACAAAUCGAUAUUUUCAUCCAGCUAAUGUUAGAAAAACAGCUUUAGCCGGCGUUCGUAAACCAAUUUUACCUGCUACAAAAGAUCCUAAAGCUAUCAUACCUUUUUUAAGCUCAAUCCCGGAAGACACUACAGAGGCCUAUAACGAGCUAUUACAGCAGCUGGCUGAAUCAGGGCGAUCGCUUCAGGCCCAAACGACUUACGACAUCAAAUUUCGUCACGACACAUUGAAACCCAAUGUCAACACAUAUACUCAGCUCAUGCUGGCUUAUAUUAACGAUGCCAAAUAUGAAGAAGCCAUGGACAUUUAUUAUCAAAUUCGGGACUCAAUACAACUGACGUUUUCUGUGGAAGCCUACCAACAAUUUAUCCACUCACUUACUCACAAUCGGCAAAACAGUCGACAACGACAGCCAGAAAGCGAUCCAGGGUGGGUCGAAUUUACUGUGGAGGAUGUCUCCAUUUAUGCUGAGUUGAAUGGAGACUCUGAUCCUGCUUUGCUCACCGCCUUCGCCUUAUUCCAAGAUAUGCGACAAUUUAGCCAUCUUCCUACUACCUCUCAAAUGUACAUCGAUUUAUUACAAGCUUGUGCCGAACAGAAAGACGCAUACAUCCUUGAACGGCUACAUAAAUUACUGCGUAUGGAUCUGUGUUUAGAUCCCGAUAUACACGUCUAUCAUCAGCUUAUGGAAGCUUAUCGUGCCACUAAUGAUGGAUCCAGUGUGAUAGAAAUUUGGGAAAUGACAGAUUCACGAUUAUGGAAUGGUACAACCGCGUCAAUUUUGUUGAAAACAUGUUUAGAGAAUGGUUAUUACAUACGAUCAGAUGCGGUUUGGGAACGACUCAAGGCAGAAAGGCCUGAUAUCACAAUAGCAGUCGAUGAUUUUAAUAGCUAUCUACUGUGCUUGUUAAAGCACCAGGAUAUAGAUAAAGCACAGCAAGUGCUAGAAAGAGGACUGCUGGCUGGUGAAGCAGAUGAAUCAAGUGUAGAGAUUUUGAGAAGAUUCAAUUUAAAAAGCAGUACGGAAAACUCAUAGUUUGAAAUAAUGUUUAAAACUUGAGAUGGAUCAUUGAGCUGUCGUAUGAAAUAAAUGAUACCCAAAGAGCUUCCCUCCACACGGAAGUAUACUGGAUAACGUAUACGUUGGUUUUAUUCUUAAGAGUUUCCUGCAUUCAACCUUCCUUAGUUUAGUCCCUGCUUUUUUCUUUUUGUCUGCCCCUUAUCCCCCAAUGGUGAAGCUAUAACUUAAAAACU